AUGACGAAAACAAAAGAAACAAAGCCACCUAGUCCUGGACUGUGGACCAUUCGUCCAGAUGGAGAAGUCAUUCUGAGGAUGUCAAAACAUGGGCCAGGCCAUGAGGCCCCCGUAACCAUCCCAGAAUAUUUUCGGGAGUCAGUCAACCGAUUUGGGACUUAUUCGGCCCUUGCAUCAAAGAGCUGUGGAAAAUGGGAAGUACUGACUUACAACCACUACUUCCAGGCUUGUCGGAAGGCUGCGAAAGCCUUGCUCAAGCUGGGCUUGGAGCGGUUCCAUGGAGUCGGCAUCCUGGGGUUUAACUCCGCUGAGUGGGUUAUUGCUUCCGUUGGUACCAUCCUAGCAGGGGGCCUCUGUGUUGGUAUUUAUGCCACCAACUCUGCAGAUGCUUGUCAAUACGUCAUUGCUCAAGCCAAAGUGAAUGUCCUGAUGGUUGAAAAUGACCUACAGCUGCAGAAAAUCCUUUCGAUUCCACCCAACAAGCUGGGGACCCUAAAGGCGAUCGUCCAGUACAAGAUGCCGAUGAACGAGAGCAAUAAAAGCAACCUGUACUCUUGGGACGAUUUCAUGGAGCUUGGCAAUACCGUCCCCGACCCGCAGCUGGACCACAUCAUUGCGAGCCAGAAGGUCAACCAGUGCGCCGUGCUCAUCUACACCUCCGGGACCAUGGGCAACCCCAAGGGCGUGAUGCUGAGCCACGACAACAUCACGUGGUUGGCCGGGACGGUGGCAAAGGACUUAAAGUUGACUUGCGCCUCAGAGAAGCAGGAGGUGGUAGUUAGUUACCUUCCCCUCAGCCACAUUGCGGCUCUGAUGAUGGAUAUCUGGUUGCCCAUGAAGGUCGGGGGUUGCACCUACUUUGCUCAGCCAGACGCUCUCAAGGGCACCUUGGUCAACACCCUGCAGGAGGUGAAGCCUACCGCCUUCCUGGGGGUGCCCCGAAUUUGGGAGAAGAUACAGGCGAAGAUAAAGGAAAGUUGUGCCAAAUCCUCAAGCUUGAAGAAUAAGGUGUUUGUGUGGGCAAGAACUGUUGGCUUAAAGAUCAAUACGAAAAGGAUGCAGGGGAUACAUGACACUCCCAUGAGCUACCACGUGGCGAAGGCACUCGUGUUCAACAGAAUCAGGAACAGCAUCGGCUUUGAUCACUGCCACCUUUUUAUCAGUGGGGCCGCGCCCCUCAGCCCAGAGACCGCUGAGUUCUUUCUAAGCCUGGACAUACCCAUAGGCGAGAUGUAUGGCAUGAGCGAGAGCUCGGGCCCUCACACUGUAUCCGCCGUCGAUAACAUCAGGGUGCUAAGCUGCGGCAAAAUCGCAAGUGGCUGUAAAAACAUGCUGCUCCAGCCGACCAGUGACGGCAUUGGGGAGAUCUGCAUGUGGGGCCGGCACGUCUUCAUGGGCUACCUGGAAAAACAGGAGGAGACCACGGAGAUCAUCGAUGAGGAAGGUUGGCUACACAGCGGGGACUUGGGCCUCAUGGACAGCCAGGGUUUCCUCUACGUCACUGGCCGCAUCAAAGAAAUGCUCAUCACCGCCGGCGGCGAGAACGUAGCCCCUGUCCCCAUCGAGAACAGGGUUAAAGAGAGGAUCCCCAUCGUCAGUAACGCCCUGUUAGUGGGAGACAAGGCCAAGUUCCUAAGCAUCCUGCUGACGCUGAAGUGUGAGACAGAUGAGACGACUGGAGAGCCGCUGGACAAACUGAACUGGGAGGCCACCAAGUUCUGCCAGGACCUGGGCAGCCAGGCGUCCACCGUGUCUGAGAUCGUGGAGCUACAAGACCCCCUGGUCUACAGCGCCAUCCAGAAAGGCAUAGACGAUGUGAACCAGGAGGCCACCUCCAACGCGCAGAGGAUCCAGAAGUGGGUCAUCUUGGAGAAAGACUUCUCCUUCUACGGUGGAGAGCUGGGUCCAACAGCAAAGAUGAAGAGAAGUUCCAUAACCCAGAAAUACAGGAGGCAAAUCGAAAACUUAUACCACUGA